AGAUCGUCUCAUACACAUCCUAUUCACUUUCAGUGUUGCAACAACACUAGAGACUUCAGAGAGAAGAUGGAGCAGACCUUCAUCAUGAUCAAGCCUGAUGGUGUCCAGAGGGGCCUGGUUGGUGAGAUCAUUAGCAGAUUUGAGAAGAAGGGCUUCUAUUUGAAAGGUUUGAAGCUCAUCACUGUGGACCGUUCUUUUGCUGAGAGGCACUAUGCGGACUUGUCUGCGAAGCCCUUUUUCAAUGGGUUGGUUGAAUACAUCAUUUCUGGUCCUGUUGUUGCUAUGGUUUGGGAGGGUAAGAAUGUUGUGACAACUGGUCGAAAGAUUAUUGGAGCUACAAAUCCUUCGGAUUCUGCCCCUGGAACCAUCCGUGGUGACUUUGCAGUUGAAAUUGGGAGGAACGUUAUUCAUGGAAGUGAUUCGGUUGAGAGUGGGAGGAAAGAAAUUGCUCUUUGGUUCCCUGAAGGCCCUAUUAGCUGGGAGAGCAGUCUUCACCCUUGGAUCUACGAGUGAAUGCUAUUCUCACUUAUUUAUAUUUAUGACUACUGUUUUGAUGAGCUGGUUAUGAAGUUUUGACUUGACUUGGUUAUGUCUGCUUCCUUGGAACUUUACUUUAUACAUGCUUAUUAAAUCAAACACAAAGUAAUUUAAGUUAUUUGA